AUGCGAUCACGAUGCAAUAUAUCAGCCAAUUCACGGAAGCUCACUGAUCUAGAGGAAUCAACAAUUGUCGAACACAUACUUGAUCUAGAUUCCAAAGGGUUUCCUCCUCGGUUGUCUGGUGUGGAAGAUAUGGCCAACAGACUACUCACAACGCGCGACGCGGGACGCGUUGGGGUAAACUGGGCUAGCACCUUUGUCAAACGGCACCCAGAGCUCACAACUCGUUUCAAUCGGAAAUAUGACUAUCAGAGGGCUCUAUGCGAAGACCCAGAAGUUAUUGGUCGUUGGUUUACACUUGUUCAAAACACAAUUGCGAAGUAUGGCAUCCAGGAAGCAGAUAUCUAUAACUUUGAUGAAACUGGGUUUCAGAUGGGAGUGAUCUCGACUACAAUGGUUGUCACAAGCUCUGAACGACAUGGCAAGGCAAAAGCAAAACAGCCUGGCAAUCGCGAAUGGGUCACAGUGAUCCAGGGAGUUAAUGCUCGUGGCUGGGCGAUCCCGCCAUACAUCAUUGUCAAAGGUCAAUAUCACCUUCUUUCUUGGUAUCAGAAUAAUCAACUACCAAUGGAUUGGGUUAUCGCUACAUCAGAAAGCGGUUGGAUAACAAAUGAACUCGGCUUGGAAUGGAUCAAGCACUUUGACAAAUACACAAAGGCCCGAACAAUCGGUCGUUAUCGUCUCCUGAUCCUUGAUGGCCAUGAGAGUCACCACUCAACCGACUUCGAGCUUUAUUGCAAGAAUAACAACAUUAUUACACUCUGUAUGCCUGCACAUUCGUCCCAUAUCCCUCAACCUCUUGAUGUCGGAUACUUUAGCCCUUUGAAGAUUGCUUAUGGUAAGCAUAUUGAAGGGCUGAUGCGGGCGCAUAUUACCCAUGUCACCAAAGAAGAUUUCUUUCCUGCAUUUUACGCCGCGUACCAAGCCACCAUGACAGGAAAAAAUAUUGAAGGUGGUUUUCGAGGGGCUGGACUUAUCCCCUUUGACCCUGAGAGGGUAAUAUCUAAGCUUGAUGUCCGAUUCAAAACGCCAACACCAUCAAAUUCACGACCGAGUACCUCCCAUAGCUGGGUCUCUAAAACGCCAAAUAACCCAAUUGAAGCAUCAUCCCAGACAAACCUUAUAAAACGCCGAAUCUCUCAUCACCAAGAUAGCUCUCCAACAUCAAUAUUGAAUGCUGUUGACAUCCUUGCGAAAGGCACGACGAGAAUAAUGCAUAAGAUGGAUUUGAUGGAAGCAGAGAUUCAUGAUCUUCGGGCGGCAAACGAGGCCCUUAGCAAACGCCGGAGGGCUAAAAAAACACGUCUAAGGAAAGGAGGGUCGCUUUCUAUACUGGAAGCUCAGGAAUUAGGGGAUCAAAUGGAGGUUGAGGUGCAACUAAAGGAGGAAACACGCAUUAGGGCUGGUCGGCGACCACGGACUGAGACACGCGCGCGGCGCUGUGGCAAUUGCGGAAAGGCCGGACACAAUGCGCGUUCCUGUCAGAUAGUAGUAGAGAUGUCUGAGGAAGAUGAUUCUGAAUAG